AUGGUUCAGCGUGUGAUAAAGGUACACGAACAAGGUGGAUUCAAGCUGCUAAAGUUCUCGUCGAACUCCAGAGCUGUGUUGGAUUCACUCGAUCCUGAAAUAGUAGCGGAACAGAAACAGGAUGGUAUUCGUGUCCUCGGAAUCAAGUGGGACCUGCAGUCCGAUGAAUUUGUAUUUCCAUUCAAUUUUCCAAAACUGGAUGCGUUGUAUCGGACCGGGAAAGCGGUGCCUACGAUGCGGCAACUGUUGAAAUUUAUGAUGGGCAUCUUUGACCCGCUAAGUUUACUCAGUCCUGUUACGAUUCAACUGAAGUUCAUCUUUCAAGAACUGUGGCGGCUGCAGUCCGGAUGGGAUGAUGAAAUUCCGGACGGUCUUGUUCCCAGAUGGAUGGAGUGGUUAAAGGAAACUGCAAAGCUAGGAGAAAUACGACUGCCAAGAUACUACUAUCCAACGGUACCGUCAUUCGAUAAUGUGGAAUUACACGCUUUCUGUGACGCGAGUGAUAAGGCCUUCGCUUGUGUGAUCUACAUGGUUCAUCAUCGAGAGGGUAAGUCACACGUUACUUUGGUUUAUGCAAAAUCAAGGGUAGCGCCCCUGAAGGCACAAACCGUGCCGCGAUUGGAACUGCAAGGAUGCGUUCUGGCCAGCCAAAUGAUCCAUGUACUGCAGUCAGAGCUGACGAUAGAAGUCAAGAAGAUUUUCUUCUGGAGUGACUCGAAGAUCUGUUUGAGUUGGCUGAAGACAAAUCAAAAACUGACGGCAUACGUUGGUGCUCGCGUUAUGCAAAUCAAAGAGAAUGGUCACGGCGUAGAGUUGUGA